GCGAGAGGGGCAGCGCGAAUAUCCGGCGGUGGAGUCGGGCAGGAGGAGGGAAGAAGAAGCCCGUGGAAGAUGUUGUAGCAGAGAGUCGAGUGUCGAGUCUCUCUCGCCGCUGCUUUCUUUGCCUUCGCCCACAGUCCUCCUUAAAUGAUGUUCUCGACCAUUUCCGACAGCGGCGACGCGGCUUUUACACGGGACGCCCCGGCCCCAGUUUACCCCUUCAUGAAUGGGGAUGUUGGCAAGCAGUAUUGCGGGGCCUGCCCCCCCUCCACUCCCGAUACUCCCACACCAAUGGCAGUAGAGUCACCGGUGGAGGCUUCUGCCUCCUGUUCCACCACUACCACUACGACUACAUCCUCCUCUUCCUCUGCCUUCUUGGAAACUUCCUCCAAUGGUGUUGCUGUAUCCACAGAAACACCUUCGCUGAGUAAGCCGUCUGUCACAGAGACUAUAGAAGAAAUGGCUGCAUCCUCACCGAACAGUGAGCAAGAAAGGAUUCCAGAGGAUGGCAGUAUUUCUGUUAGCAGUGGCCAACAGAAUGGUGAAAUGCCUGUGGAAGGGGACAGUCAACAGACAAGUACUACUUCGUUAUUGCCUCCAACUCCUUCGCUGUCCUCUCCGGUUCCUUCUUGCAGUAGUGAUGCAGCUCAAGAAGGCGUCUCUGGUCAGCCAGUAAAUUUGGAAGAAAUGAAUGAAGAGAGGGGAAAGAGUGGAGAACUGACCACCCCUGCUACUACCAGUGAGAAUCAGGGCACACAGACUACCCCAGCACAAACUCCAACUCCAACUCCAGUUACUCCAGCAGCCACUCCAGUGGCACAGCAACAGCAGGCCUCACAACCACUUACACGGGACCAGAUACAGCAGAUGGUAGCACAGCAGGUGGAAUAUGUUUUUUCCAGAGAGAACCUGAACAACGACCCUUACCUUAUAUCACAGAUGGAUAGUGAUCAGUAUGUACCAGUGUUUAUAUUGGCGAAUUGCUCUCAAUUCAAGAAUAUCACUAAUGAUCACAGCAUUAUUGUGGAGGCUUUGAAAGAAUCACCUUGUGUACAGUUAGAUGAGGAGAACAACAGAGUUCGACCUAAUUACAAACGUUGUAUUGUGAUUCUCAGAGAAAUUCCAGAAACAACACCUGUUGAAGAAAUUGAGGCUGUAUUUAAAAGUGAUGAUUGCCCUAAAGUAGUUUCAUGCGAAUUCGUCCACAAUUCAUCGUGGUAUGUAACAUUUGAGUCUGACGAAGAUGCACAAAAAGCUUAUUGGUUUCUAAGAGGAACUGUGCAAACAUUCAAGGGUAAGCCCAUUCUAGCAAGGAUAAAGACAAAGCCAGUUUCAAGAUUAGGUUGUUUAUCAGUAUUACCAUCUUAUGGAGGUAAAAGUGGGACUGAAGGCAAAGAUGGAUCAGGUCCUCCUUCUACACCAGGGUCAGCUGGUCUACCCUCAGGACCAGGAACUCCACAACAGAAUGCCAAUUUUUCUGCUCCCACUGGCCAGCGUUUCAUGUAUUCACCCCCGACUUCAGUUAGCGCAAACUCCUAUACACACACCUAUACGAUGCCGGCAAAUAUGCCGACUGCCUUUUUCUACCCCAACAUGGUGCAGUGGACAACACCAGGUGGUUUUUAUGACAUAAAUGGAUUCUUACAAUUUAAUGGACUUUCACCACAAGCUGCCUUUAAACCCCCGACUUCAAACCAUAAUGUUAGAUAUAAUCAGAACCGAAGGAAUAAUAAACGUGAUGGUAAUCGCUUUGACAAAGGUGAUAAUCGACAUAAUAAUGCAGGCAGUCAAGGUGGUUCGAGUGGUAAUAACCAAGGUGGUCAUAUGGGUGGCCAUUAUCACCCUGGCCAGAGACCCUAUCACAGACCUCAAUCUUCUCAGUCUCCUUCACUACCUUCUCAUCGGUCGAAUCACCCUAUGCCUUCCAGUAAUGGAGGUCCACCUCCCUCUCCACCACCACCUUUACCACCACCCUCCCAUCCUGCAACACCAGUGUCAACUGUCACCGCCAGCAACAACCAUCCUAACCAUCUCAGCUUUGCUCAUUGCGACCUCGCCAUAGUUAGUGAAUCAGAUUUAUAUACAUCAUUUAGUCCACCAAUGGGGUCGGCACAAGUGAUACGCAGUGAUAAGAAAGAGGUGGUGACAGUAUGUAAGAACACUACUAGUAGUACUUCAGCAUCAUCUCAGUCUGUGAACACAUCGGCGAGUUCUUUGAACCCUCCACCCUCAAGUACGUCUCUGCUCAAUGCCACAGUGUCCACUGUGGCAACUGCAACUUCUGUCACUUCUGCUGCAACCACGUCUGCUGUUGCUCCUACAAUGACUACCAACAGCACCACUCAGAUUCCUUCUCCACACCAACAGGGUCAGGGUCCUCCUCCACCACCACCACCCACCCAUCACCAUGUGCAGCAACACCAGCCAUCUGGGCAACCACAUCGCAGCAGCUAUAGUAAUAAUAAUGCAACCAGUAAUGACCAUUAUCACCACUAUCACCAUCAUUAUCCCAUGCCGAGGGAUCCUCAGACUGCUCGGCAGUUAUCCCGUGGGGCACGUCGACGGCCUCGUGGACGUGAUGACGAAGCAGCAGCCAGUGGCAGUGGUCGCAGUAUGCCUCAGCGAGGUAACAAUGCUCAGCCACCAGCUGCAGACAAAUCUGGUAACAAUAGCCAGGAAUCAACCCCGCCCCCACCUCCACCACCACAGUUUGACCUACAGGCUACAGCAUUUCCACCACUUCCAGGUGCCGAUGAGCAGACCCCCGUAGCGGAAGAGAAAAGACCUGCCGAACCACUUCCUUCUCCAUGGGGAAGUGAUACACAGCGCUUUUCUGAUGUGAUGAAAGGAACAGCGAAACCCAGACCAACCUCUCAGUCAUCAGAAAAAGACCUCCCCCAGGAAUCUGUGGUGUCUGCACCUCCAAACACAUCAUCAGCUUCAUCCCCUUGCCCCACUGUAACUGCAGCACCCACAGUUGUAGCAGCAGCCACACAAGCUAGUCAAGUUUCCUCCUCCACGGCCACAAUUCCUAGCCCAUCUCAGGGUACAACAGUUGUAGUUGCAGUUACAUCGUCAGCGAAUGUAGCCUCUAGUAGUUCAGCAGUUACCACACAACAGAGUAGUGCUUCACAACCUAGUUCGAGUACUAACAAGCAAAGUGAUACAAGACAAAUACCUCGGGAGCAACGUGGGGUGCGUGAAGAUCGCCGUGUUGGAGCCAGUGGUGGACACAGAGACAGAAGGGAUUAUGCCAGGGACCAUCCAAGAGAAUAUUCGCGUGACCAUCGAGACAUGAUGCGAUCAGGAGGAAACAAUAUCCGUGACAGAGACUAUCACCGUGCAGGAAGGGAAGGAAAUUUGAGGAGUGGAAAGGAGAACAGACCUCUCCCAACACGCCAGUGGAAGGAAGACAAAGCAGAUGCUGAGGGGUGGAUCACCAAAGGUCCAAGGGAGCCACGCUGCCACAGAGAUGCAAAUCGAGAUAGAGAGAGACCAGAGUCGAGGGAGACUCGAACACCUUUGGUGAAUGGAGAUUCUUCACCGCCACCUUCUCCCAAGACUCCCAAAACUGAUGCGAAAGUGAAUAGUGAAGAGAGCAAUGCAGAAUACAAGCUAAGUUGUUCGCAGUCAUUAAACAAUAAUGAUGGGGAGCACAAAACAAGUUGGGCAAAAAUGGCGUUGGCAUCCAAGGAACACAUGGAGAGAUUGGCAGCCGAGCUCAAAGAGAAAGAAGAACAGGAAAAGAAAUUGAGAUUUCAUACCAGACCUCAGACUAAACAACCUCAAGAGAAAGUUUUGAUACCCCGUGAGCGAGACGGCAAGCCUAUGAGGAGAGAUGGACCGCCGAGGGAAAAUCGUCUCUCAAGUGAACGAGGAGGCCCCGUGCCAUUCAGACCCCGUGAUUCUGCCAGACCGAAGUCACCAAAAUGAAGAACUCGACUCUGAUUUGAAUGUGGUGAUGACGACGAACCAGAGACGGCUGCCCUCCAGGCUGGGGAAUCACUUACAGGGAGCUUAUUUAAAUGGAAGGAAUAAUCAUAAGACAAUAUGGUUGGUCUUGCCUUGUCCCAACACAGACCAACCCAUUGCAAGCGAGGUUGUUGCAUUUGCAUUGCUAGUUUUGCUCUCCCUGGUGAUUUCUAUAUUAGAACAAGUGUUGUAACCCCAGCCUGGUGACUCUGCACCCCACGUCCGGCCCAAUUAGUGCUGUAGCACGUGGCUGCAUCAUCCUUCUCCAGUGCCUAUGCUGCCUGCCAUUAUUAUAUGUAUAUAGUGAAAACAUUGUGCGCUGUUAGCUCCGUAUGCAAUGUGCUCGACUGGAGAGUCAAUUAUGACCGGUGCCAAAAUUAUGGCAGUUUUGCUUAAUUGUACAGUUGAGAGUUUAUUUUUGACAAUAAUAGCCUUGUAAAUUAAUGAGAAAAUUUUGGAGCCAUUCCUCAGAACUUGGUGUGGCAUUGUGAAUUGUGUAUAGCUACUUAUAUUAAAAGAGUGCUUGCCUGUGACUUGGCUGAAUCAAAAACCAUGAACAGCCAUUUGAGUGUGUGAUGGCAAUGAUUAUUACUUGGGGACAAUUCCUUGUCGUCGACAAGGGCUCCCUCGUUGGUGCUCAAAUGAAAAACAUUUUACAGGAAUAGAAAAACAUAGGAAACAACAAACCUUUAGUUGCAUUAUUGGCACCUCCCAUUAUUUUUGGCUGUGACCUAAGAAGCAAGUUUCUUCAGUGAAGAAUAUGUGGCUUGCUUGCUUUACCUAGAAAUGUAUCUUACAUCAUUGAUGAAUAUAUGAAGAGGAAGAAGUGUUUGUUAUUAUAGCAAAUUCAAGGAGCUGCUAGUGAGUACAUUGAAUAUCGAAGGGCUUUGUAUGAGUGAAGUGCAUUUAAUCUACAGUGAUAGCAAUUCUGAAUGCAGAGUUGUUUUAUUUGAAGCGCGAAUGGAGCAAGUGUUAUGUGAUAUGCAAGUGUAAGUGUUUGUUGUUUGUAGUGAAGAAUGGAUAAUGAGUGUAUGCUGUGAAAAUGGUUUGAUCAAAUAUUGGGACUUGUGCCUGGUUACUUUUACUCUGUCUUUCGAGUGGUUCAUGCUUGGUUGUGUAGCCCCUUGAUCAUCAUUGACUACAUGCUGGCAUAAGAUUGGGAUGUGUGUAUGCAUUGCAUAAAUGGUGUUGAUGUACAUAAAUGUGCUAAAGCUAUAAGACUGGCAAGUAAGGUAAGGUUACCUCCUCUCAUCCUGUGUAGAGACCCAGGUUGUGAAUGAAUGUCUUAUGGAGUGUGACAAACUUUCUGAUUAAAGUGAGAAAAAAGAAAAAAAACCUGUGGGAUUUGCUAAGAAACCCCACCUUGGAAACUUAACACUAAUCCCAAAGUUUGGGUGUGCAGUGAUAUGUAGUGAUAACCGAACCUCAAUUAAAACAUAAAAAGUUUAAAAAAUAAAAAAAAAAAUUGAUGCACUCUGAAUGGUAAUUAUUGUAAUGAAGACGAAAUUAUUUGACAUUCGUGACAAUAAAUUUUCGUGUUUACUAGUUGGUCGUUUAGGAGUGUUUUAUCUUGGGUGAUCAUCCUGUAGCUUGAUAUUCAUCUUUGAAAAGCUUUGGGUGAUUAUACAGUAUAUAUAUAUACAUAUGAAUUUUUUCUUUCUAAUUUCAAAGAAGAUAGUGUUUGUACAGAAAUGGAUAAUUUUUUUUUUGAAGAUCACAACCCAGUCCAGUGAAUUUGCUUUCUGUGGAAAUAUUAACAGUUAAUGUGGUAAUAUAUAUUAUACUAUUGGAUAUAAUAGGUUGAAUUGAUUGAAGGUGUGUGUCUGGACUGUCCUGAGCUUGGUUAAGUGGUACACACUACACAGACUGAGUGCAUUUUAUUUCCAAGUGCUCCUGUUUGCAAAAGCAUUUAUGAUUUGUAAAUGUCUUACCAGAUAACGUAUUUGGUUGUCUUCAGUGUUUAAUGGUAUACAGUUUUAUUACAAAAUGUGAUGGCUUCCAUAAUUUCCAUUUGCUACUGUAAUUGCAGAUGUAUAGUAUUCAUAUCUAUAUCAAAUUGCUUAUUGGCCUUGAGGCCUAAAGCUUUGACCCACAGAAAUGAUACCUAGGCUUAGCAGCCAAAGUGCUUGCAAGCAAAAUUUGAUACAAAAAUUAUAAAUCCCAUUUUAGAGUAUAGAUUGACAAUUAAAAAGAAUAUAAAUGAGCCGGCCUCAAAAGACUGAAACUGCUAAUCGACGCAAUGAGGUUGUGCACUCGUUGACCAUUAGUUUUUGGAUUUCUUCAUUGUCAUCAUUCUGAUUUUGUGUGUGUAAGCACCAUGCCUUUAUUGAUGCAUGUUAGUGGUGUGAGGUUGGUAAUUCAUAAGAUUUGUUUAAUUCAAGGGAGAAGAAAGUCCAAAGUGUUAAGAAGAAAUUUUGCCUUUUGUCUAGAAGGGAAGUUCUUGAACACAAAAAGAGACAGCAGCAUUACAAUCAGUGGAGAAUGGCCCUUUGUAAUACUCCCUUUAAUUUUGAGGAUUUCGUUGUAUAGAUACAAGUACGUACUGUUAUUCAUUUCAAUUGCAGACAGAGCUCAGACUUUUUUGUUAUCAGUAUCUUUGAAGGGAAAGGAAUUAUAUAGGAAGUGAAGUAUAUUAGUCAUAUUGUGUACCUUGCAUAGAAGUGUUUAGUUUCCUCCUCUUUAAGCAGAGUUAUGAAGACAUAAGCAUAUCCUCAUUAUUUUAUACUGUACAUGUCAUUACUCACUAAUAAUAGUUUCCAUUCAGUUAUUUUAAGGAAAAAUGAUGUAGAAUAGGUUCUAGUUGAUGAUUUGACUUUACUGUUCUUCUGGUUUCCAGUUUAGGAAACACCCUUGGCCAUGGGUCAUUAGCUGGAAAAAUUCUCUCUCUCUCUCUCUCUCUCUCUCUCUCUCUCUCUCUCUCUCUCUCUCUCUCUCUCUCUCUCUCUCUCUCUCUCCUUCCUUCCUUCCUUCCUUGACCUGGAAUCUAAACCUUUUCUAGAUUGUAUUUAGAGGGAUGGGUGUUUAAACCGCGAUUCACAGUUCCUUUUCCAUGGACAUGCAGUUUUGACUGAAAUGUGGUGCAUUGCCUGUGGAUGAGUUUUGUAAGGAGUCGUAAUGGUGUCCUCUAUUAUGAGUGAUCAGAAAUGGAGCCAAGGUCAGUGUGUCCAUUCUUACAUUUUAUUAUAUUAUUUAAUUUAUUAUUACCCAGCUUUUUUUGUGGAGCCAUUAUUUUUAAUUUGGGGGUUCAGAUGAAAAUUGUCAUACAUACGCAGCCAUUUGUUAAAGUAUGUGAUAAAGGGAAGUUUGAGAAAAUUUGUGGCAUUUUACAGUGUAAGACAUAAUUUAGUUGCUUUUGGAUUUAGUGUGAUUAUGUAAAGAGCAGUUUUGUUAUGCAUGCUUGCAUUUAGCUAUAAUACAGUCUGUGUUUUGGUUGGAUACUGAUUUCUUUGGUGCAAUUUUCCAUUUAGCAGCAUUUUUGAAGUCCCUGAUAAUACGUUCAGAGAAGACAUCAUUGCUGACUACAACUUUCAUGUCUUUCUGAGGAAAGGGUUAAUAUAUGUAUAUACAUAUAAAUAUAUUGAGUUUGUAUUCAGAAUAUAUAAAUAUUUUCAUUUGUUACCAGUCUGAGAAGUACAGUACUACCUACAUGAAAUAAGUAGUCUGCUGAUGCAAAGUCAUUGUGACGAUCACUAGUCUUUUUCCCAUUCCAAGUGCACGAACACAGGAGAAAUGUAGAACCAGCCAGUGUGGUAGGUAACUGCUACUUUUUAAAUGAAAUUGAACUUUAGCCCAGUUAAAUCACUUAGUACUGUAUAUAUGAAUUAUAAGUACUUGCAAGUGGAAACUUGUACUAUAUCUAGAAAAUAUUUAAAUUAUGGUAGAGGCUUAGGAGGAGAUCUUGAAGUAUCUCUGUACACAAGACUGAUUUCAUUUUUUUUUUUUUUUUUUUUUUUUUUUUUUUUUUUUUUUUUUUUUUUUUUUUUUUUUUUUUUUUUUUUUUUUUUUUUUUUUUUUUUUUUUUCCCACCUGCUUGGUCCUACAUGUGCGUGCAGUCUUGUAGAAUUUAACACGCCCUUGUGUCAGUUUAUAUUUCCUCAAAUGUGCGACUGACCACCACAGUUACUCAGGAACCACAGUACCGUCAGAUGACAGUGAUUGAGGAUUCAUUAGGUUGCUGUUGAUGAGUUUAUUUUGCAGUGGGUUGGGUUGGGUGGGUGGGAGGGAGGGAGGGAGGGAAUGCUGUCUGUCUCACUGUUUUUAGGGUGCUGAUGAUUUUGAAUAAUUUCUAUGAGAUUAGGUAUUGUGAAUAUCAUAAUGCACUUAAGUGUUGGUGACAUGAUCAUAGACUUGGUGUAACAUUGUGGCUUAACUGUUCAUAUAAUGAUCCCAUCAGAUACAAGGAAGAGAUGCUGAUGGGGUUUUGUGGAAUUUCAUAUAGCCUUAUCCCCUUUUCUCAGAUGAUGUGGAUUAUUUUAUUUUAUUUAUUUUUUUUUUUUUUUUCUAAGAUGUACUGCCACCAAUAUUGUAAUAUUUGCUCUCAAGUGAUGUUAAUAAUCCUGAUGUUGUUCUGUUGUGCUGUGCGCAUUGUUCAGUUUGUCUCAAGUGGUUAUAUACUAUUGAUAUGCCAAUAUGCAAGAUGUGCAAGGUGUGUGUGCAAGUGCGCGCGAUCUCAACCUUUUAAUUUAAAAUUGACAUUAGCAAUGUAUUGAACUCCACCAGCCUCCUAUAGAGUGAUUCUCUGGACAGACUUUGUGAAGGAGGAAGCCAGGGUAUAUUAUAAUUCUUAAUUAUUAUUAAUUAUGAUUAGUAUUCUAAGAACACUUCCAUGGCUGUCACAUCACUACCUUUUUCUCACUCGCUCAACACAAAACCAUUUUAUUGUUUCUGUUAAAAAUUUAGUUUGACAAAAUAAAUUUCGCAUGUGGUUUUCAGAACAGACCUUUUGACUUGAGUCCUUUUGAUUUUUUAUUUUGAUUUUAUUAUUUUCUCAAUUUAUUUUAUGUUUUUAUGUGGGCUGUGAGCUGCUACCUGUCCAAAGAUUUACUCGUAUAUAUUUGUGGUUUGUUAAUAUCUAAGAAAUAUAUUUAUGCCUUGGAUAUGAAGUGGAUUUAUAGAUAAUGCUUCUGGUAAAAUGACCAAUUCAUAAUCAGGUAGUGUAACUUGCCCUUAUUGCUCUCAUCUUGAAUACAUACAGUAUCUGUCAGCAAGCUGGGUGAAUGGUACUGGCAUUCCUUUCAAUAUUAAUAUUGUACGUCUGUAUGAAGAAAGAUAUAGUUUUCUAUGCUUGUCAAACUUGCAUAAUCAAAUGCUGGUGAUGAUGCUGAUGAUAGUGUAACUAUAUAAAGAUAGUUAUGAAAGGAUGAAAGGAAAGUGAUUUCUAGUAACCUAUUCAGAACACUCACAAGGAAUAUAUUUACAUAUAUCCAGUUGAUUAGUGGUUUCUGUUUUAAAUGCUUCCUUCAAAAACAGCAGCAUAUUGAUUGUUUACCCCAAAGAAAAAUAUCAGAAUUGUUUUUAUGUAAGUGUCAUUUACUACUGGAUUUCUACCUAGAAAUGGAUAAACAUUGAAGCUGAUCCUUGGCAUUCCCAGUGGUACCUAUACUUACAACAAGCAUAGACUCCAGUAAUUUUAUUUAUUUAUUUAUUUUUUUAAUACUUGGUCUCCAAAGUUGCUCCUAGCAUUUGCACAAGUAGACUUUUUAUUGCUUUCCAAGUUUUCCAUUUGCAAAUGAAGUAAAAAGGAUGAGAUGGAAUAAAACACAGGUCACUGAACUAUGUCCUUGUGUACUAAUUGUCUGUCACUAAUCCAGUUUCCAAGACCACUGAAAACGCUGUCAUUGUUGCUGUUUAAUGUGACUGAUCAUAGAGUAACCAAAAGAAUUUUGAAAGUGAAUCCACCCUGGUUACUUGCAUUGUUUUUUCUAUAUGGAGAAGAUACUGGAAAACAUAAUUUAGAAAGUUAUCAUGUUUUGUAUUUCUUGCCUUUGAGUAACAACUUGGAAACAUGAAAGUAAUGGGAGUAGGGAAUCCUUGCGUUCUGUUUUAUUACUGUGACAAGAUCUGAAAUUUGUUGGCACUGAUGAUUCAUGAGUCAUCUUUGUUAAAAGAAUGUCUACUGUAGAGUGCAUCUGCCUGGCAAUAUUACAGAAGCCUUGCUGGAAGUAGAGGAGAAGGAUUAAAUGAGCAAGUUUCUUCAGUAUCUCUUAUAGAGACAAAAAAGAAAAAAAAAUUGUUUUCUGUUAAAAGCAUUGCAUAGUUUGUCAUCCUCACAAUUAAAAGCAUACACACCCUC